UGACUCCUGGCGUGCGGCCAGCGCCCGGACCGUACCAUUCUGAUCGACACUGGGGGGGAGAAGUGAUGGCUGGUUACAGAGCCGAGGCCUAGAGAGUGGUGGGGAGAGUUGAAAGCCGACAUGGAGGACAUCUGCGUGAACAGUUUCUCGAACCCAUGACCGUAUUUCCAGUACACAGAGGCUAGAUAGAGUGGAGGGGCAGUAGUGAUGCUGGUUUUCCCCCCUGCCCAACGCAGGUGGGUGGUGUCUCAGCGGGAGGGGUAGGGGCGGGGGUGAGUGUCCCCUGCGCGCUGUUAAAAUGAAACUCUAGUGGCUGAAGCCCGGGCAGAGCGUGAGGGAAAGCCGGCACUGGCGGGCUUGCUUACAGCCCGGCGGGAGCGCCCAGCCAAGCGGAGCUGACUGGAUCCUCCGACUCUCCUGUUCCGAGGCUGCGGCAGCUAGGGUUCUGGGCCCGGCGGGAGCUGAGCCCGAAUCCCGGCCCCUUAGGAAUACGUCUCCGCAGACUAGUGGGACCCCGAAACUUGAACGCAAUCCCCGGUCCCCUUUUUAUACCUUCCUUUGUCACUUCCCCACUUUUCUUCUAACGCGUUUUUUUUUUUUUUCUUCAUUCUCCCUCCCCCGAAGGACACAAAAGUGGCUUCCGUGGAAAUAUUUGGAGACGGUGGGAGCUUUUCUCUUUGGAGAGCGACUGUGUAGAAGGGAUUUUUGGGAAACCACUUUUCACACUCUGCCCUCCGUCUCCUCCAAGCCUCUAUACGGGGGAGAAGCCCGUAGCUCGGAAGUUCGAGGGGGCAUUUUACUGGGUGCUGUAGGAGGAGAGGGGGAGGACCCCAUCCUCAUCCUGGUAGUUGCCUGGACUUGUUACCCGCAGUUGGAAACCCUGAAGUACAUUUCCGUGUGGGACUUUUACAGAUAUAUAUUUAAAAAAUUUUAAAAUAUCAGAUAAAAAAUAUAUGCUCUGUAUAUAUUUCUUGACGACCUGCCCCUGACAGCGAGAUGUACAAUACGGUGUGGAGUAUGGACCGCGAUGACGCAGACUGGAGGGAGGUGAUGAUGCCCUAUUCGACAGAACUGAUAUUUUAUAUUGAAAUGGAUCCUCCAGCUCUUCCACCAAAGCCACCUAAGCCAGUAACUUCAGCAGUUACAAACGGAAUGAAGGAAAGUUCUGCUGCUUCUCUUCAGGAUGCAGAAUGGUAUUGGGGGGAUAUUUCAAGGGAGGAAGUAAAUGACAAAUUACGGGACAUGCCAGAUGGUACCUUUUUGGUCCGAGAUGCUUCAACAAAAAUGCAGGGAGAUUAUACUUUGACUUUGCGGAAGGGAGGCAAUAAUAAGUUAAUAAAGAUCUAUCAUCGGGAUGGUAAAUAUGGCUUUUCUGAUCCUCUGACAUUUAAUUCUGUGGUGGAGCUCAUUAACCACUAUCAUCAUGAAUCUCUUGCUCAGUACAAUCCCAAACUUGAUGUGAAGCUGAUGUACCCAGUGUCCAGAUACCAACAGGAUCAGUUGGUAAAAGAAGAUAACAUUGAUGCGGUAGGUAAAAAACUGCAAGAAUAUCACUCUCAGUAUCAGGAAAAAAGUAAAGAGUAUGACAGGCUGUAUGAGGAAUAUACUAGGACAUCCCAGGAAAUACAGAUGAAGAGGACUGCAGUUGAAGCUUUUAAUGAAACAAUUAAAAUAUUUGAAGAACAGUGUCACACACAAGAACAACAUAGCAAAGAAUAUAUUGAGCGAUUUCGCAGAGAGGGGAAUGAAAAGGAGAUUGAACGAAUUAUGAUGAAUUACGACAAAUUGAAAUCACGUCUGGGUGAGAUACAUGAUAGCAAAAUGCGUCUAGAGCAGGAUUUGAAGAAACAAGCUUUGGACAACCGGGAAAUAGAUAAAAAAAUGAAUAGUAUCAAACCUGACCUGAUCCAGCUGCGCAAGAUCCGAGAUCAGCACCUUGUGUGGCUCAAUCACAAAGGAGUAAGACAGAAGCGUCUGAAUGCCUGGCUGGGAAUCAAGAAUGAGGAUGCCGAUGAGACCUAUUUUAUGAAUGAGGAAGAUGAAAACUUGCCCCAUUAUGAUGAGAAAACCUGGUUUGUUGAGGAUAUCAAUCGAGUACAAGCAGAAGACUUGCUUUAUGGAAAACCUGAUGGUGCAUUCUUAAUUCGAGAGAGUAGCAAGAAAGGAUGCUAUGCUUGCUCUGUGGUUGCCGAUGGGGAAGUGAAGCACUGUGUGAUCUACAGCACUGCUCGGGGCUAUGGCUUUGCGGAGCCCUACAACCUGUACAGCUCCCUGAAGGAGCUCGUGCUCCAUUACCAGCAGACAUCCCUUGUUCAGCACAACGACUCCCUCAAUGUCAGGCUCGCCUACCCUGUCCACGCACAGAUGCCAUCGCUCUGCAGAUAAAGGGGAUGGGAAGAGAGGUGGCUCUCUAGCAGUCUUUUCUACAGUUUUUAUUAGACUAUGAGGGCAUUCUUUCUACGUAGACUGCUUGUUUUGCACAAGAAGUGAUUCUGUGAAUGUGAAGUGGAGACCGAGCAGCAGCCGGCCAGGGUUGGGGAAGAAGGGGUAUGGUUCCCUGGUACUCAGCCGUGCCACUGCACUGACAUACUAAGCUGGAAGCAGAUGUCGUUUUUUGGAAAGUUUGUUUUAUUGGGGUUUUUGUUUUGUUCAGCCAGUCACCCUCAACAGAACACAUUAGGCUUGGGUGGGGGUUAUUGGAACCCUCUGAAGAAUCCAUGUCUUCUUUUGGUCUUCGAGAGUGCAGCAGGGGCCUGGCUCGCCAGGAGUUCUGUCCUCAUCUGGCAGUCUCUCUUAGGAUACAUAUGAACUCCCCACUCCACCCUACUGCCCCUCAAAAAAAAAAAAAAGAAGGCUCUUUUGG